UUUAGGCUGAAGGCAUUCAAAAAUGUUGAUUUUCAUCAAAAAACCGGAUGGCAAUGUGCUGGAAAUUGAAGUUGGACCCAAAGCUGUCGGUCUGGAAUGCUUGGAUUUGACCUGUCUGAAGCUGAACAUGGUUGAAGGGGAUUACUUUGGCCUGCAGUUCACAGCAAAGAAAGGGGAGAGACACUGGCUAAACCUUCGAAACACCAUAACAUCGCAGCUCCCUAUUGGAUUCUCCCAGCCUAUCCGUUUGGACCUGAGGGUUAAAUUCCAUGUCGAACCACACAUCUUGCAGCAAGAUAUCACAAGACAUCUCUUCUUUCAUGAUGCCAAACUCCUUGUGAAAGAAGGGAAGUUUAAGGCAGCCCUCAAGAACGCUGCCCGAAUUGCCGCUUUGUUCACCCAGGCUGAGAAUGGUGAUUUUGGUGCCAGCAGUGACAUGGAGCAGCUUUCUGGAUACUUCCCCCAGUUUGCAGACUCGGAGGAAUUCAAAGUGACAGCCCAAGCAGAAUAUGCCCGUCUCCGCAGCAUGCGGACUGAACACGCGCUCCUGUCUCUGCUCAGAGAAAUCUGUGAAAUGGAUUCUUAUGGAUUGGAUACAUUCACCGCCAAGACCUGCUCGGGCCAGUUCUGCGAAGUGGGAGUUGGAGCCCAUGGAAUUCUGGUGACUAAUGUGGAAACACAAGAUUGUGUGAAGAUCCCCCUUCAAUCUGUAAAGAGGUUGUCAGUUGAGAAGAGAGAUUGCCAGAUGCACUAUGAGCUUGACGAUGGACAUAACUUUACAACAGACAAGAUGGAGCUUACUCUCCAAACCAAGGAGGUAGCAGAAGGGCUGUAUCGUUCUAUCACAGAGAAAGUGGAAUUCUUCACCAGUGAAACUGUCAGUGAACCAGUCAAAGACCAGUUUGUUCGAGACUUACGUGGGAGCAUCGUCUCUUUCUUCAAUGUCAAUACGGACUUGGGAAAGAAGUACUCCUUUGAUCUGCGCAGAACGCAGCAAGAGGUCCAUGACGAUGCGAGGAGGAAGCUUUUUAGGAUGGGCAUCUCAACACAGUCUUGUGAAGAUAGCGCCGACUUAUCCGCCCAGGCACAUAAUAGGCAAGAAGGUGCCAACCAGCUUGAACAGGAACUUCAAAUGUAUCGGGAUGCUGUGACAUGUAAGGUCUGCAUGGCAUGUCAUAUGGACACAGUUCUCUUACCCUGUGGUCACUUUCUCCUGUGUAGCAACUGUGCUGACAUGGUCUCCUCUUGCCCCUCGUGUCGCUUAAGCAUUGAAGAAAGGAAGAAAGUCUUCUGGGACAGACCUAUGAAUGUUACCUAGAGCAAGCUAAACAGGUAAAGUUAAUUGUGUUCAUAAUGCUUGUAGAAGGACCCUGAAUCAGUAUUACAAAGAUUGCCAUGAUGUAUGUUAUGUUUUUAUUAAGAGAUUAGUCAUUUUGAAUUUCCGUCAGAGAUACCUUUAGGAAUUAAGAUCAGAUGACCUGUAGCUAUGUGUAUGUUUCAAGUGUUGUAAAUGAAGGGAAAGGAAUAAGUUGAUGCCAGAAUCAAAGUAACUUGUAAUAUGAUCUGUGACUGACUUGACAUUGUUUAUUUGUACACUGCAUACAAAAUUAAGUUCCAUGUUGUGCACAACUAGAAUUGCAUCUAAAAGCUACAGUAGACAUACCUAGCUAGUAGCUAGCUACUUAUACAUGUUUAGUUAAUGUUUAGAAACAUUGAUGGAACAACAUGUAAGGAACAGUGUCAUGUUACAUUUUCUUUACUCCAAAUGAUAAGACCUUAUAAUCUGAUCAGAUGUGGAUGUGUAGUUUUGUAAAUAUUUUUAGAAGAAUGAAAACUUGUAUUUUUGAUCUCUGAGGUCAACACAUUUUUUAAAAGGAGAAUUGCCUUGAAUUGUAGAAAAAAAAACAUAUUUUUGUAAAAUGUGUGAUAGCUAAUAUAAGAAGUUGAUACAUAUGUUUACGUCAACUGUUAGUGUAGCAUUCUCCCAGGUUCAUACAUCUACACUUUAAAUGCAUUUUGUAGAUGUGUUAAAUGCCCUCUCCUCUAGUGUAGUUGGUACAUUCCUAUGAUAUACAUCUGCAGUUGCAAGAAUUUCUACAUGUAUACUGUAUCCUUUUUUUCCCCUUUUCCCCCUUUUUGUUGUUGCAAGAAAUGUAGUCUUUCUAUUUGUAGUAUUCAGAUUCUGUGUGCAUUCCAAAGCCACAUCAGGUCAAUUUAGUUAAUUUAGAUUUGUGCAAUAAUCUGUUUAGAAAAAACUUUUCAAUUUCAUUUCUUUCCAUAUUGCUGUACAAAUAUCUGAGAAGAGUUUUAGUUCAGACUAAGAUCCACACAUGAUUUUAUAUUUCCUCCCACAUGAUUUUGUUCAACUAACUUGAUGCACAAAUCGGUGUUGUGCAUUUGGCAUGUACAUUUAUAUGAGAUCGUACGUGUAAUAACUUUUCCAGUCAUAAGAAAGAAUGGAUUUCAUACUCUACACACUUGCGCUAAAUGGUUCAUUUGAAAACGAAUACAUGUUUACAGUGUCAAGUACAAUGUACAUGUCCGAAUGUAUUUAUAAUAUACUGUAUGUGUGUACACACAGAAGGGAAGAUCCAUCAAAAUAUUAUCCUUGCCAUACACUCUUUUGUUGUGUUUAUGAAAUUAUUUAUUUCAUGGUCAAGACUGCAGUAUACAUGCAAAAGUAAAUUGUUUGCUCUGAUACCUUUAUAAGUGCUUACAUCUAUGUAGCAUACUUUUUUUUGUGAUGUCAUGUUUUCCAAAAUCAUGUUCUCGCCAGUUCUCGAGAUUUUUUUAAUUGUGUAUGCAAAGUGCGGUGCACAUUGUUUUUUAGUCUGUAGAAAUUAAAAGUUCUAUUUUACACUGUUAAUAUAUUGUAACAAAGACAUGGAGAAAUGUGAGUAGAUUUUGUUUGUAAGUAUGUGUGUGACUCAUUCAGUGGCUGUGCCAAAUUAUUGGUGCUGUACUACUUAUACACGUACAUGUAAAUGACUGCAAUUUGGUAUGCCAAUUAUCAAAACUAUUUUGAAGUUUGAAUGUGCACUAACUUUGCUAUUUGUUCUUUAUUUGGUAAGUGAGACCACCAUCCUUCUAAUGACAUAGACAGUCACAUUCAUUGAAUAAAGAAAAAUCUUCUUUCCACAACACAUGAAAUUGACAAUGUUGUACAUCACUAUGUACAACAUUGGAAAUAUUAUUUGUACAUUAUUAAACAGAAUGUACCUAUCAUAUUAUAUAUUAUAUACCGGUACAUAUUCAUUGUAUUUUGUAAUCACAUUACAUGUACAUGUAAGUUUAAUGUGUUUUCGUUACAUUAGUGAAUAAUAUGUUGUGAGGCUAUAUAAACUUACGAGGCUUACAGUUUACUGGUAUACUAAUUGUGCUUUUCUGCUCUAUUGUACAGUAUGGGUUUGAACCAGUAUGCACAAACUACAUUGUUCUUUGGACUUCAUUGCAGCUGUAGUUUUAAUUUGAAGAAGAGUAACAAUCUGUUCAUUUAGCUGAAUAGCAUGUUGUUUCUCUGCUUUUGCAGAAUAGAUAAUACAUGAAUUUUGUUCUGUUGAUUUGAUGUUUAGGCCUACAUGUAAUUAAUGGAUCAGUUAUUAACAAUGAUGCAUAUCAUGCGUGCAAGUAUAUUUUGCUCAACAUGUAUAUACAUGUAGCUCUUUAACAUGUACAUCUAUUUGUUGAAUAAGGUUGAAGUAUUUCCCUAUUUAUAAAUAUCUUUCUCCUGUUAUUACUUUUAGACUUGUGCUAAUAUAUGGGUAAAAUUAUUUAAUAUCCCUGACCUUAUGUACAUGUAUGAAGUUUCUUAAAGCUAAACUCUAGAAGUUGAAGUGCUAAAACAGCAUUCAUUGUGCACAGAUCAAUAAGAUCAUAUAGUGUAGUCUCUGUAUGCUUCUCCAAUGUGGUGAUAUAAAACCUACAUGUAAAUGAUGUAAAGUGAAGAUUAGAGUGGUUCAACCAGGGAGUUUAGGAGGUUCAACAAAAGUUACUUGACUCUAAUUACCAAUGUUUAUAUUCACUUUCAUUUUGCAUUGGAUGGGGAAAAGCUAGUUUAGCUUGUU